AUGGACAACAGCUUGACGCCACCGAUCCGUCAAAAUUCAGGCGUCUUCAAGCGGCCGGUCAAAGUGGUAUCGAGUCAACCUGGUUCAUCGGUGUUAAAUUGGAACCAAAUUAAAGAUUACUUUAAACGGAACAAUUUGAUGUUAGCUGUUGAACCAAAGCUGGAAAACCCUGAAAAACCGUACCAGGUGUUUUGGCAGAAGCGAUUGCAAGGAAUCAGCACCACUCGACCGCUGGGGGAACUUGCCGACUUUCAGCUACCAGUCAACAUGAAAGCCUUUAUGGCCUCUCUAGCAGAUAACGAAUCUCUUUUACGUAGUCUAACUGCGUCUCUUCACCUUGGCACAACAAAUAUUCGAGGCCAAGAGAAGAGUGCUCUGCAGAAAAAGAGAGAUCCAGUUGAAGGCGAUCAGGGACUGUCGCUUAGAAAUCCGGUAGCUUUUGUUAAUCCUCAGCAACCUCUCAUCUUGAGUACCACCGUUACUGAUGAGGACAUUCGCCGCCAAGAAGAGGUUGUCGCUGAAACUCGCAUGAAACUUGUUUCGGCAAUUCGAGACGGAAAGUUGAUUUCUGCCUAA